AUGCGAGAUCAAUCUAUGCAGAGUUCGGCUCUGCCUUUAAACGGGACUCUGCAAGUGAACGGUAGGAUUGGUCCACUUGGAUUAGUCGGUCGCAAGGUUGCGGUUUAUAAAUUGGUAUCCAUUUAUCGUCGUUACCACCGUUUUGUAACUUGCACAUGUUCGGUAAAUGAUAUCAAUAAGUAUCUCAAGGAAUGGAGUCAUUUGAGUUUUCAUGUUACUGACUCAAUUUGUAAUAUGUCUGUUCCGCAACAGAGGGAGAUUCUCAUGGAGGACGUUUUCUCUGCCUUCCCUGGGAAACUCAACAUCCUUGAAAACAAUAUACAGUUUCCUAGUCAUAGUUUUAUUAGUACUCUGCUCUAUUACCUUGCAUUUUCGGCUAUAAAGUAUGAGAGGAAGAAUACGCCACUGAGUUGGGAGGGUUCGCAGGAUCCUUGUGGUGUUGUUUUUAUCUCUUCUGUUACUGGUUUUGCCCAAGUAAAGUCAAUGUUUGUUCAAGGAGCAACAAAAGUAAUCUAUAUUACAAUAUUCGGUAAAGUGAUGCUGAUGAGUUAUUGA